AUGGAGGUCGCUCGUACCUCCAUGAUCCAUGCAGCUGCCCUCAUUUUUCUGUGGCCGUUUGCUGUCCAGUACGCUACGCAUCAGCUCAACCUCUGGCCUCGUGUCUCCUUGUCGGAGACCUCGCCCACACUGCGUUGGACGGGGGAGGUUGGCGAUGAGUUGGUGUUUUGGGUCUGGGGAUGUCGUGCCUUUGUCCGCGAUGCUUCCGCGGACAAGCUCUCCUCCCGCGCUGUUCCCUGUGUCUUCCUUGGCUUUCCCCCUGACGCGUCUGGUUGGCAGUUUUACCACCCCACCACGCGCCGUGUCUUCCCCUCUCAGGACGUCACGUUUGACGCGUCAGUCCCCUUUUACCGUCUCUUCCCCUACCGCACUGCCCCUCUCCCCCCUUCGCCGCUCUUCCUCGCUCUAGGUCCCCCUCCGGUAGACCCCCUCCCCCCUCAGGAUCGUGCUCCCUCAGGUGUGUCUCAGGUAGACCCACUCCCCUUGGUUGAGCCUGUCAAGGUCACUUGUGACUCAGGUGCUGCUGGGGGUGCUGAGCCUGCGGGUGCAGAGCCUUGGGGUGCUGAGCGUGAGCGUGCGGAGCCUGGGGGUGCUGAGCCUGAGCGUGCGGAGCUUGGGGGUGCUGAGCCUGCGGGUGCUGAGCCUGAGUGUGUGGAGCCUGGGGGUGCUGAGCCUAAGCGGGUACUGCUUCUCCACUACGAGAUCCUCUCUCACCGCAGUAGCCGCGCGAGUGGUACGCUCAGCAGCUCUGCCUUUGGAGUGUCGCUGCUGGAGAGGGAGGCCUUGGAGAUACUCGUACUGGAGGUACUGGAGCUGCCGGAGCUGAUGGUGCUGUUGGUGCUAGUGGUGCUGCAAGUACUAGUCCUGGAGGUGCUCGUACUGGAGGUUCUGGAGGUACUCUCUCGCCGCGGUAGCUACGCGAGUGGUACGCUUAGCGCUGCCGCCUUUGGAAUGGCGCUGCUGAAGCUGGAGGCACUGCGGCUGGAGCCGCUGGAGCUGGAGGUACCGGAGGAGCUGGCACUGCUGGUCGUGGAGGUGCUCGUACUGGAGGUACUGGAGCUGCCGGGGUUGGUGGUGCUGCUGGUGCUGGAGUUGCUGGUGGUGCUGGCACUGCCAGUCCCGGAGGUGCUCGUACUGGGGGUGCUGGGGCUACUAGUCCUAGAGACCCUGGAGCUGGAGGCGCUAGGGCUGGCGGCCCUGGAGCUGGAGUUGCUGGUCCUGGAGGUGCUAGUGCUGGAGGUACUGGAGCUGCUGGAGCUGGUGGUGCUGCAGGUGCUGGAGCUGCUUGUCCCGGUGGUGCUCAUACUGAAGGUACUGGAGCAGCUGGGGUUGGUGGUGCUACUGGUGCUGGAGAUACUGGAGCUGCUGGGGCUAGCUGCUGGAGGCGCUGGGGCUGCUGCUACUCAUACUGGAGAUGCUGGAGCUGGUGGUCCUGGUGCUGGUGGUAUUACACAGCGGCGAGUGCUCUUCGCUCCGCCGUCACCGUCGUCUCUGCCACCGCCUAACUCAGUGCUUCGCCAGGUUCUUAGCAUCCCAUCGUCAACUGGCUCCCCACUGCCUGCUCGUUCUCCUUACCCUGAGAAGACACACUCGUUGACAGAGCGUCGUGAGCCUGCGUCUUGUCCUGCCUCGCCUGUUCGCCCUGUUUGCAUUGGUCAUCGUGUUCCGUGCCUGCGUCCUCAUCCUGUCCCUGGCACGCACCAGAUGGCACUUCGUCCUUCCUCUGUUCCACUACAUGUCCCUCUGCUGUCUCCUCCUACGUCCUCUCUUGCUGACGAACCGGACCCUGAGUCUAACUUAAUUCCUGCUGCUAGUCCUACUGUAACACGUCUUCUGGCCACUGUUGUCACUGACCCUUCGUUUGAGUCCACUACUGCGUCUGCCUUCGUUGCUGAGCUUGUUGACUUUGCUGCCGCCUGUCGUCUAGUCUACGCCGCUAGUCUUGUUGCUGAGUCCGAGCAGGAGGACUUUGAGUGCUUUGCAGCUGCUGUACCUCAUCUCGUGUCUAUGCUGAUUGCACCUGAGGGAGACCCGGAUGCACCAGACAUCCCGACCCCGCGCUUUUACGCAGAGGCGAUUGAGGGUCCCUACUCCUCUCAGUGGCAGUCAUCCAUGGACGUAGAGAUUGUCAGAACAUUAUAG